UAUUAAAAAUUAAGAAUUACGAGAACGAGAAAUUACCAGAUUAUCGAACUAACUUGAGAAAAUCAAUUGGGUCUCAUAAAACUUUUUGUAAUGGGAGAUAAUCGUAAUCGCAAGCUGCAGUAAUUUCAGAGCUAACAACUCAGAGGGUGGACGACGAAUUCAGCAACAGCAACACAAAUUAUAGCGCCAUUUUUUCUGUUGGGUUGUGUGCUAGAUUUACAUCGUCGAUUUAUAAAGAGUGUAUUCUUGUGCUUCUGUGCUCGAAGAGAGGAUGCAUCAAAAUUCAAUGGUAAACAAUUAUUCUGGGAGACCUGAUUCAUUUCCACCUGAGGAUGAGCAUCAAUAUACUUCAAAGAAAGCAGAAGGUCAAUGGCGAUGGGAAAGAGAUGCCCAGCAAAUGUCGCCUCAACUCUACAGUGAUGGACAAGGGGGGAAUGCAGGCAGAUCAUUCUAUCCUAAUCAGAUGCAAGACACAAAAAUGGGCUCAAAUCAAGAGCAAAGAGUCCACCCCCAGGAGCAAGAUAUGGAAGUUGGGUAUGAAGACAAUCCAGUUCCACAGACUUUGGAAAGGCUUGACCAAAAGUUCCAUAGCGAUAUUAUGAAAUUUACAAAAGAACAGGGUGACGCAGAGGAUGCAGAAACAGCUAGACACAGAGAGAAAAUCAUUGAGAUCAAUAAUCAAUAUCAAGAAAAGUUAUCUUCACUUCGAGCUAAGUAUGCCACUCUGAGAGAAGAACUUCUCCAAAGAGAGUCCCAGGCACGCUUACAGACAUACCAGCUUGCUGGCAUGACCCCUUACCAGAACAACAGUGGGCCCGUUGACAUGAAUCAGGGUCAUCAUGGUCCUCAUGGAUAUGGAGCACCAGAUAUGGCCCCUGGUGAACCUCAUCGGCAGUUUGGUGGCAGGGUAGAGUUUGAUUCAUACAGAGAGCGUCAUGAAUCAUUUGGACGUGGGAGAAUCCAAGGAGCUGAUACUAGAGUUCCGACCCCUGGGGGUCGAGUUUACAAUACAGGUCCACGUUAUUAUUAAUAGCUUCUUGACCCUCCUUUGUGAAAUAGAUUAGACUAUUAGGUGGAGUUUAGGCUUUUCUGCUGCUUGGGUGGCUCUUUGUAUCUCAGGAAAUCGACUUCUUCUACAGACAAUGUAUCAAGUACUAGGAUAUUAUCGAUGAUUUUAAGCUUAUAAUGAUGGUGCAAUUUUCGUGU